AUGGAGAGCGUCCUUGUCCCGCCCGCUACUUCCACAUCACAUCUCACGAUCUCAACAUCCCAACACUGUCCAAACCCCAACAUUUACCACAAUCUCCUCCCAUUCGAUGAAGCUGUGAUGAGCCAAGCCCCCUCUGCCCUCCGCUAUGUGCGGUAUGAGAGCUCGCGCGAGAAGGAGUACGUCGCCGCUAUGCGCCAACUGAUCUCCAAAGAUUUGUCCGAGCCCUACAGCAUCUAUGUCUACCGAUACUUCUUAUAUGAAUGGGGCGACCUCUGUUUUCUCGCAAUGGGCGAGAACGAUGAGAUGAUUGGAGUGGUUGUGUCAAAGCUGGAGCCGCACCGGGGUGGUCCCAUGAGGGGUUAUAUCGCCAUGCUGGCCGUGCGCGAAGAAUACCGAGGUCGUGGAAUUGCGACAAAACUAGUCCGAAUGGCUAUUGAUGCAAUGAUCGAUCGAGAUGCAGACGAGAUCGUCCUCGAAACAGAAAGUACCAACACCGGUGCGAUGAAAAUAUACGAGCGAUUGGGUUUUCUCCGUAGCAAACAACUCCACCGAUAUUAUUUGAACGGGAACUCUGCCUAUCGUCUUGUCCUCCUAUUGAAAGACAGUGUUGGGUCGAUGUGA